AUGGGUGAAACAAAUACAAACGUUACCGAUGAUAAUUCUUGCAAGCGAUGCAGUCAGACCGUUAAAACGGGCAUCAGAUGCAUUCGAUGCGGUAAAUUAUCACAUAAGAGUUGUCUAGAAAAGUUGAAAAUUGAUGUUAAUAGGAAAGAUGGUUUAAUCUGUUGUGGAGCAUCCAAUGUCAUCACAGUCUCUGAGAAUUUGACACCAACAGAAACCUCCCUAUCGGCUUCACAAGGUAACGAUGCUGCUUUGAAAGUUGGUUACCUGGAAAGAAUUAUAUUGGACAAACAGAAAAUUAUAGAUAACCAAGAAAUCGCUAUAAAGGCUUUAACUGAGCAAGUAGAGCUUUUGAAAGAGGUUAUGUCGGCUAAUAAUGCCCCUCAAAUUACAAAACUUGGUCCACAAAAAUCCGUAUCUCUUAACAAAAACGGCGACAAUAAUAUCGAUCCAGGGUCUUCCCCCUCUUCUAACGAAAUAACUUAUUCUGCUGUUGCUCAAGACCACUUAUCACGUGCUCAUGGGAUAUGUAACUCCAUCAUACAUCUCAACAAUGACAUACCAAGAAAACAAACCUUAAUGGAUACAACUAAAAACAUACCACCAGUACCUCGUCGUCCUGCUGCACAGUCAUAUAAUCAGAAUAUUAGGAAAACCAGUAGCCUAUUAAUUGGUACGAAAGCAUCGAGUGAGUGUACUCUGAAAGCGGCAAAUAGAAUCCAUAGUCCUACUGAUAGAAUUUUUGACUACCACGCUACAAAUUUCGAUAUCGACACCAAUCACGAAGAACUACAAGGAUACUUGGCUGGUUUUGCUCCAAAAGUCAAAGUUGAGAGACUAAGUGCACGUUUCCCUGAAAUGAUUGACAGGGUAGGUUAUAGUGGAGGAUUAUCUUUGUUAAAUGGCUCUUUUUAUACCUCAUCGGCUCUAGAUUGUGACUAG